AGCUGCGGCUAACUGCUAACUGCUGAGCUAACACUUCAGCCUGAACGGUGCAAAUACCAGGCUCCGUCUCGACAACCGCUUUGACACUCUCAACCAAAUAUGGGUAAAGGUGGAGGAACAUUUGAGAGGCUUCUCGAUAAAGCCACCAGUCAGCUGCUUUUGGAGACUGAUUGGGAAUCUAUUCUUCAGAUCUGUGAUCUCAUUCGACAAGGAGACACGCAAGCAAAAUAUGCUAUUGUGGCCAUUAAGAAGAAGCUGAAUGACAAAAAUCCCCAUGUGGCUCUUUAUGCACUUGAGGUCCUGGAGUCGGUGGUGAAGAACUGCGGACAGACGAUACAUGAUGAGGUUGCCUGCAAACAGACCAUGGAGGAACUAAAAGAUCUACUUAAGAAACAGACAGAACCAAAUGUCAGAAACAAGAUCCUGUACCUGAUCCAAGCCUGGGCUCAUGCCUUCCGCAACGAACCCAAAUACAAAGUCGUUCAAGAUACGUAUCAAAUCAUGAAAGUGGAAGGUCAUGUUUUCCCCGAGUUUAAGGAGAGUGAUGCCAUGUUUGCAGCAGAGAGAGCCCCAGACUGGGUUGAUGCUGAGGAGUGCCAUCGGUGCAGAGUCCAGUUUGGAGUUAUGACAAGAAAGCACCAUUGUCGAGCCUGUGGUCAGAUUUUCUGUGGGAAAUGUUCUUCCAAGUACUCCACCAUUCCAAAGUUUGGCAUUGAGAAGGAAGUGCGUGUGUGCGAGCCGUGCUUUGAGCUGCUCAACAACCACCCCUCCCUCUCUCCUCCACUUAGGAAGGCUGAAGGAAAAGCCCCGUCCACAGGCUCCGCUGACCUGCCCCCCGAGUACCUGACCAGCCCGCUGUCCCAACAGUCACAGGUAAUUCCGGAAAAAAUGCCCCCCAAGAGAGAUGAAGCAGCUCUGCAGGAGGAGGAGGAGCUGCAGCUGGCCAUUGCACUUUCCCAAAGUGAGGCAGAAGAGAAGGAGCGGAUGAGACAGAAAAACUCCUACUCAGUGUAUCCCAAAGCGGAUCCCACCCCCGUGACUUCUUCUGCACCCCCAGUCAGCACCCUUUACUCUUCUCCUGUGAAUUCCUCCGCUCCACUAGCUGAGGACGUGGACCCUGAACUGGCCCGCUACCUGAACAGAACGUACUGGGAGAAGAAGCAGGAAGAGGCCCGGAAAAGUCCAACCCCCUCGGCUCCUGCUCCCGUGUCGUUGGCUGAGCCGCUUCCACCAGUCAGCCAGCCUGUGGAAACCCACGUCCCUGUCCAGCCCGUCAACAUAGUGGAGCAGCAGUACCAGAACGGUGAAUCAGAGGAGAACCAUGAGCAGUUUCUGAAGGCUCUGCAGAAUGCCGUCACCACCUUCCUUAAUCGCAUGAAGAGCAACCACAUGCGUGGGCGCAGCAUCACCAAUGACAGUGCAGUGCUCUCACUCUUCCAGUCCAUAAACAACAUGCACCCACAGCUUCUGGAAAUCCUCAACCAACUGGAUGAAAAGAGAUUGUACUAUGAGGGACUGCAGGAUAAGUUGGCUCAGGUGCGCGAUGCUCGGGCUGCCCUUAACGCACUCCGAGAUGAGCACAGAGAGAAGAUGCGGAGAGCUGCAGAGGAGGCAGAGAGACAGAGACAGAUCCAGCUGGCACAAAAGCUGGAAAUAAUGAGGCAGAAGAAGCAGGAGUACCUGGAGAUGCAGAGGCAGUUGGCUAUUCAGCGUCUUCAGGAGCAAGAGAAGGAGAGGCAAAUGCGUUUGGAGCAGCAGAAACACACAAUCCAAAUGAGAGCCCAGAUGCCUGCUUUUCCGCUACCCUAUGCCCAGAUGCAGUCUUUACCUCCCAAUGUUGCGGGCGGGAUGGUGUACCAGCCCGGUGCUCCACCGAGUUACCCGGGAACGUUCAGUCCUGCCGGCUCCGUGGAGGGUUCACCCAUGCACAACAUCUAUAUGACUCAGCCUGGGCAGACUGCACCAGGACAAUACCAGGCCAUGCCCAACCCUGCAGCAGAUCCCAAUAUGGUUAAUGCGUACAUGUAUCAGGCUGCGGGCACCAAUGGGCAGCCUGCUCCUCCUCCAGGCCAGGCUCCACCCACUACCUGUCCACCCUACACCAACUAUCAGCCCACACCAACACAGGCCUACCAGAACGUCGUCUCUCAGGCACAAAGUAUGCCCCCCAUGUCGCAGCCAGCCCCCUCCAACGGUAUGGGUUAUAUGAGUUACCAACCAUAUAACAUGCAGAACAUGAUCUCUGCUCUGCCAGGACAGGAUCCCAACAUGCCUCCCCAACAACAGUACAUGUCAGGCCAGCAGCCCAUGUACCAGCAGGUUGCUCCCCCUGGUGGCCCCCAACAGCAGCAGCAGCAGCAGCAACAGCAGCAGCAGCAGCAGCCACAGCAGCAGCAGGCACCUCAGUCUGUCCCCGGCAGCACAGAGGCACAGCUCAUCUCCUUUGACUAAAGGUUCCCAGGUGUCAGGAGCCGACACACUACACCUUCUCUCCUCCUUUGGUUUGUCCCCCUUCUCCUUCCGGAUUCUGAGGAUGCCCUUUGGACACACACACAUGAUUCUCACCAUCCACCUUGCUGUUAUCUUGUGGCAAAGUGAAAUAUUGUGAUGAUGUUGCAGAACUGUAGUUCUCCUUGCUCUCUCUCCUCUGAAAUAUGGGAACCUGGUGGGGGGAAAAAAGCUGUGAUGGAGAGCACCAUAACCCAGAUCCUCUAUCUAUCUCCCUCUGUUUUUCCAACUGAUAUGUAUGUAGUAUUUCCAUAUUAAAUGAAUAACUCAAGUGCAGAAAUAGUAAGUGAUAUUCAAGUUAAAAUGAAUAAAAACAUCAUACUAAUUUAGAAGAUAAAAAGAAGACAAAACCAUCCUUUAUCAUAUUUUUCUAAAGCAAAAUUUGCAUGUUAAAUUGAGAUUAUUUUCUGGAAUUGAUAUGUGUUAUUGCGUCCUGUUUUAACAGUCUGAGCAGUGAUUGAGAGACGCUAUAAGUGGUUUUGAAGAGGUUGUUGAUGUCUCAAAAGAGCAGUCUGUCGGUAAUGAAAGCACAGUGAGAAGCAUUGAAUAAAUGGGAAUAACUCGCAUCUCCCGGUGCGUAGCUUAACAUUCCAGUUGUAGUUUUCCGAUCACAUUACUCAUGCACACAGACUGGGGGUCCUCUUGUUUUAGCAUUUAUUUCUUGUGUGCUGCUUGGACUGUUGAGUGUCUUUAUGUUGUUUCUGAGAUGACAAAAACGCGUUACAGGGAUUGUACAUUGUGGGAAGAGUGUUAGAUAAUCUGCUGGGUGGCUUUCUAACCUUCACAGAAUAUGCUAUCACAGACGGAAUAAUCGAAAUUCACUACUAGUUACCGUGAAAUAGACGUAAUAAACUCAGUACAGAAUCAUAAUUGAAAUCUGCAUCUUUUAACUGAAAUGACUAGUGUUGCCAAACAUAAAGCACCAUCAUAAGGCUGGAGGCAUCAAAGAGCCUUCACCUGUGAUUGACUGCAGGUCGCCUCAGGGUGCCGCGACCCGCGUCCAGGUGGCUGUACCUGGCACAUGCCGCAUAUGAAGUUCAACUGGACUCUCCUGAAGUGAAUUUAACUAUUCAGUAAUGUGGAAAUGUAGAGUAAAAGCGAUGUGCUGCAUGUAUGUGUCACUCUUUCAGUCUGUCAUAUCUGUAACUUUUCAGUUUCCACCUGUGAACUUCUGUCUCCCAUCAUACUGACUUUAAUUUUGAAAUUUAUAUUUAAUAAAUAUCAGGUUCUUAUUGUCCA